AAUCGAUAUGUCGUAUAUAUCGAUACAUUGAGUCAGUGCUUAAUUACUGUUGCUUCAUAUGAGUGUUUAUCUCACUAAGAAGCCCGUUUAAAAUUUGAUUGAUUUAGAAAAACCAACCAUACGAAACGUUUGCAAGAUGCGACGGUGUUAGUGUGCGUGUGUGUGUGAUGAACUGCAAUACAUUUGUGGCCGUUAACAAUUAUGGCCGAUCACAAGUUAGAAACAACAACAAAAUAGUGCUUAUUAAAAAGAAGUCAAAAGAAGUCAAUUCAACACGCCAGCUAAAAAUUAUAGACAAUGGACAUUGAUCCUGCAUCAUUGGACAUGGAAUUCAUCUCCAGCACAAUGGGCGACACGCUGGAGAUGUGGAAGGAGGAGGAGGAUGCGCUCAAUAUAAUCAAGGAGAUGAUACCAUCGGAUAUGUUAAAUAAUUUCCUCAAUGAAAUGGAUUUGGAUCUGGAUAUGAAUAGUUCGCCGCCACUGCUCGAAUGUGCCAUGGACAUGCAACAGCAGCAGCAGCAACAGCAACAGCAACAAUUGCAACCACAACAACAACAGCUUGUUAAAAGUGAGCAUGCUUCGCCGGUGCACAUCAAGGAGGAGCUGCAUCAACAACAACAACAGCAGCAGCAGCCAAAUCUCUUCGAUUCCCCAUUGUACAAACCGGAUCCGCUGAUUGCCUCCAAUGCGACUGGUGGUGGCUUCAAUGCUCAGGCAUUGCCAACCACAACCAUUCACCACAUGGACACCAGUCAGCGGCUGCCCACCGCUUCACCAGCAGCAGCCACUCUCUAUGCGCUGGCGACGAACAACAAUGAUUUUGUGUAUCAGCUGCCAACAGCAGCUGAAACAUCCUCAACGCCACCAACAGCCACAGCUCCAACUCCAAGUAAUACCAAAGCGACGCCUCAUUACGCUAGCAAGAAGAUGCCCGCAAUGAUGCAGAGUUUCAUACUACAGGCACCAGUUAAUCCGACGGCAACCACAACGCUCAUGUAUACCACAAAUAAUGCCACCAUACUGACAGCUACGCCCAUGCCGGUGCUGCUCGAGACAAUAACAACGGCGACGACGGCGCCGGCGGCGAGUGUGAGGGUUAGUCCGAGUCCCAAGUCAACGCCCAAGACAACGCCCGUGGAGCUGGCACCGACACCAGCUCCGAUAGCUGCUGGUCCACAAUCUGCACCAACAGCUGUUGCCCCGGCGGCCAAAGUGGCCAUUCAGCGAGUGCAACCCAAGGUGAAGGAAGUAAAGCGUUCGGCACACAAUGCCAUCGAGCGUCGCUAUCGCACCUCGAUCAAUGACAAGAUCACUGAGCUCAAGAAUCUCGUCGUUGGAGAUGCAGCCAAGCUGAAUAAGUCGGCCGUGUUGCGCAAGUCGAUUGACAAGAUACGCGAUUUGCAGCGCCAGAACUAUGAGCUCAAAUCGGAGCUGCAGCGGCUGCAAAGCGAGUUUAUGACACGCGACGGUUCCAAGGUUAAGGAUCUACUCCAACUGGGUAGCAACGCAGUAACAAUGACAACAACGAGUGUUGCGUCGUCCAAGAAGCGUCGUCAUCAAUCGAUCCUUUGCGAUACGGAUGCAGCUUUAACGCCGCCACGCAGCGAUGUCUCGGAUCCGUCGUUGUCGCCGCUGCACUCGGAUAUAUCGUUGCCACCGUCGCCAUACGGUGGCUCCAAUACCAGCUGCAGCAGUCACGGCAGCAGCAGCAAGGACGAAUUGUUGGUGGUGCCCAGCUCGAGACGUGGCAUGGCCACCCAUUCCCGUUUGGCACUGUGCAUGUUCAUGUUUGCCGUGCUCGCCGUUAAUCCCUUCAAGAUGCUGCUCCAGCGCAGUCACUUUGGCAGCGAUCUGAGCGAUUUUGGUGAUGCUGAUACGCUAGGCGGCGAGAUGAGUCGUCAACGGCGCAGCAUCCUGGCCUACGAUGAUGAUACGGAAUACACGGGCUGGCAGCACAGCUCGGGGCUGUGGUUAUUGAAUUUAUCACUGAUGCUGGGCUGUUUGAUUAAGCUGCUGGUGUACGGUGAUCCCCAGUUGGAUACCCAAACGGAUGCCUACUAUCAGCACAAGCAGCGAGCCGAAUCGCAUUUCGCUCAGGGUCAAUCGUCGCUAGCCUACGCCGGCUAUCUGAAUUGUCUGCACAUGUACGGCUUGAGUUUGCCCGCCUCCCGCUUGGAGUGUCAUCUGCAAACGUUUUGGCAAUUCCUGCGCUUUCUCUUCCAUCGCCUCUGGCUGGGUCGUGUGCUCUCCCGCCGGGCCGGCGGACUCUUUUGCAGCGCCGAGACACGCAAGCGGGCCCUUGCCUCGGCCCGUGAGCUCGCCUUGCUCUACAAUCGGUUGAAUCAAUUGCAUCUGACUGGGGAUCGAAGCAAUGAUCGCAAUGGGAUUAUGCUCGUGCUCUGUGCCAGCAACAUGGCUGAGGUAGCUCAUAAUUUGUUGACGCCACGCGAGACGAUCUGUGUGAAUGUAAUGGCCGCGUUGCGCAUGAAACGCAGUGCACCGAAAUGGCUGCAACAGCUCUGUGCCCGCUACUAUAUGAGUCGAGCUCGCCAGGAAUGCGGACGCACUCGAGCCGCCGAGCAGACGCAGGAUCUGCGCUGGGCCUUCACUAGUUAUGGGUAUGGUUAUUUUGCUGCGCAUGUUUUCAACUAUGCUGAGCAGAGUGCCGGCGAACAGGAUGGUUUCUUUACACGACUACGCAAUCCCUGCGAUCCGGCGGCGCAUGCCAUUAAGCAAUAUCGCGAGCAUCUGCUUCACAAGGCGAUUCAGUGUCUGGUUGGCGCCGGUUCACACAAGUCCAGUAACAAUAACAAAUCUGCACCCAGCCACAACAGCAACAAAAAUAGCAACAGCAACAACAAUAAUAGCAACAGUUCUGGCAGCGAAUCGGAACAAUUGCAAAAUCAGCACAGCGGCACAAUUGUUAGCAAUGUGCUGAAAUAUACGUCUCUGUUGCGCGAUACGCUGUGGGCCGAUGAGGAUAAGGAGCGCGACAUAAACGUGGUGUGGUGGGCAAAUGUCCUGGAGAUAGCCGUACAUUGGCUGCUCGGCGAGGAUACGCUGGCGGAGAAAUUGUACGACAGCAUCAAACAGCUGCCGGCUCAAUUGCAGCACAGCAGCGACAACGAUCAUCUGCCCAAGGCAUUGCACGCGGUGCUGCGCGCCAAGAUGAUAUUGCUCAUGAGCAAUGGCAACACAACGCUGGACAAACGUCUGAAGCAUUCAAUUAAUCGUCUGUGCGAUGAGUCCAGUGGCCAGUUGCAGGAAUGCCUCACUGUCAAUCGCAUAACCAAUGCCAAGGGCAUUAAACUGCUGUUCCAGUUGCUCACCUGCGAUUGGUUGCUGGAGACGCGCACCGCCUUGUGGGAGCUGGAGCACAUGGGCAUAGAGGAUGAUGGUUACUAUCAGGUGGCCGGCGAUGUGCUCGAAAAGUUCCAAACCGAUUUAAAUUCAUUGCGCAGCAUUGUCGAAAAUAUUCCGAACGCACAAUCGCGCAUCUAUUUGUAUGAGGCCGUUUGUCGUUUGAUGGCCGGCGCCUCGCCGUGUCCCACGCAGCAGCUGCUGGACAGGAGUCUGCGCUCGCCCAACGCCCAUUCGUCAAUCUUCUGCGGCAGCAAGGAUCGACGCCAUCAGAAUUACGAGGGUGGCGAACGGGAGCGUGCGGCUGCCAUGUAUGUGGCAUGUAAAUAUUUGCCGCCGGCUCUAUUGAGUUCGCCCGGUGAACGGGCUGGUCUCCUGGCGGAGGCAGCCAAAACGCUGGAGAAAGUGGGCGAUAAGCGUAAGCUGAAGGAAUGCUAUCAGCUGAUGAAGUCUCUGGGCAGCGGCGGGCUUGCCACCGUCAAGGCUUGAUUCAAAUAUAAAUAAGUUAAUCUAACCAGAAGAACAUGUUCCCACGCUUGGAGUGCACGCAUAAAUUGAUUAAAUAGACGCGGCACGCAUCCAAGGCACUUGGCACCCCCAAACAGACCGCCUACGCUUUAUACCUGCUAUAUAAUUUCUGUUUAGUUUGUAAUUUAUUGUAAUGCACAUUUAAUGCAUCUGGAAAAUUGUUUAAACAAGUUGUUUACAUACACAAUGAUUGUGGUUACCAUACAUAUAUUUAUUUCAAUAAAUAUUUCAAAAGUUCAAAGUCCUUAAAAAAUGGCUAUGCAUGCAGUUAAUAUCUCAAAUAAUCGUUUGGCUAGGGAUGGCUAAUAAAAUGUCGCUUAUAUCAAAUUAGCUUGACUAGGGAUUUUGAAAUAAAUGUUACUUAUAAGCGGAAGUCACAAAAUUGCAUAUAAUUUGGUAUCGGUAACAAUAUAGAAAAUAUUUUAAGUGUUUUUCAUUUAACACGUAAUUUGUCUCUAUAUAUAGUUGAAAGACUACCUUGCUACUUAACGUUGCGUUAUACUUAAUUACCUUUAUAAAAUGCGACCGACAAAAA